GCAGUAUUUCUCCGUAUAACUAAAAAAAGCAAAAAAAAAAAAUAACAAUAAAAAAUACUGCUUAGUUUUUAGAAUAUCCUCCUUUUAAUCUCAAUAAAAAAAUUUAAAAAAAAAAAUGGCACGUCAAUUUAUCGUUUUGGCUCUAUUGGCUUUAAUCAUCGCCACUGCUUUCGCAGCUGACGCUCCUUCUGCCUCUCCAAAAAAAUCUCCAUCACCCACUACUGCACCAACCAAAGCUCCUGCAGCCCCAACCAAAGCUCCUGCAGCCCCAACCAAGGCCCCUGCAUCACCAACUAAGGCUCCGGCAACCGCACCUAAGUCAUCUUCGGGCUCUUCUCCCAAAGCAUCUUCUCCUGCUGCUGAAGGACCCGUUUCCGAUGAUGACUACAGUGCUUCCAGUCCUAGUGACUCUGAGGCACCUACCUCCUCCCCACCGUCACCCACCCCUGAUAGUAGUGCUGCUGAUGGACCAAGCGACGGACCUAGUGCAGAGUCACCUUCAAGCGAUGCUGUGACAACUGCCAAAUUUUCCGUUGUCGGUAUAAUCGCCACCGUUGGCUUCUUCUUCUUUUCUUUCUAAGUUAAAUCAUCCACGUUUUUGUUUGGAUAGAUAAGAGUUUUGUAUAAUCUUUUGAAUUGUGGCUGAAUAAUUAUUUUAUAUAUACGCUUAUAAAUCGA